AUGCAACAACUAAUAACCGAGUUUCUCCAAUCGACAUUCCUGUUUUCAGGGUUUCCAUACUCUAGCAAUGCAUUAUUCGAACGAGAGCCUCUCGUCACCUGGGAACUGCCAGAGCCACUGCAGCACCUACUGCUCUCUUGUUCCAAGAUACUCCAUACAGAUGACGAUGCUGUUGUUGUCACCACAACCAAUACUACAAUGACAAUGGGCAUUAUUCCACUGGAUCCUGGAUUCUGGAUUUGCACCUUUGUAUUAUUGUCCCUACAAGCCCUCAUGAACAUGACAGUCGCACUGGUCACGUAUUUUGCCAUUGUCCAAACACAAGACGACAGCACCCGUCUCUUGAUUGGAUACGGCGUACUCGUGCCAUGCUUGCUCAUCCUGCCACCCGUUCUCUGCGCCUACUACGUUGAAUUCCAGAGCUUGACGCUCAUGCUCUGCCUGUUGGGUGGCAUGCCCAAUAAAUUGGCAUUGGCCGUCAUUGAAGCCAUUCAUCAAUGCUUGCCAACGUAUGCUACUACUCAUCAGGACAAGCGCAUGCUCGUAUUGUACUUUAGCUCCACGCUACAAUUGAAAUUUGAUCCACACACACAUCGACCCGUGCCAUUUACACCAACCAUUUUUUGGAACAAGCUAGCCUCUUUCAUGACAGUAUUUGUACAAACCAGCUUGCUCUUCAGUCUACUCUUGCCAUACAACUAUCAAGUCUUUCCACAACAUCAUACUAAUACAUCCAUUCUGGGGACACUUGUCAAUCUAUAUUCAUGGGGAAAUCUGGCCAAUGGCUUCCUCAUGGCGUCCAUCACUUCCUUGGUGCUCGAUGGCGGCGCCUCGGGAUUGGGAUUGGUCACAUCCAUCUGUACGGGAUACACCAUGGAAGACUUUUCCGAUGCACCCCUGACAAGCUGUACCAGUGUCUCGGAUUUUUGGAGAAAAUGGGAUCGUCCGGUACAAUCGUCACUCCGCAAUGGAUGCUAUCGACCGCUCCGAAAGGCGACAUUGUCCUCGUCCAUGGCAGCCGUCGGGACCUUUGUCGCCAGCGGUCUCAUUCAUGAAUACAUGGUCGCGUUCAUGACAUUGGUCAAACGGGAUACUCCCUACCAGCCAGCAUACGGAAAUCAGUUUCUAUUCUUUUUGUGGAAUGCCGUCGUCAUGAUGCUGGAACGAUACUACUACUCUCCAUGGUUCUCGGCCUCGGCGGUGGUGAACAAUAGUGGUACUAGUAGUAAUAAGUGGUACCAUCUACCGCAACCGAUACGAACCGCCUUGGUGUUGCUGACGGUCCUGCCCAUUGCCUUUCUCUUUACGGAUGAAUAUGUUCAGUCGAGCUUUUACACUGAUGCCGUUUGGGCGUUUCCACUGGUGGUGGUAAAGACGACAACACGACAACCAUAA